UGACUUAAGCUCGGUGCGCGACUCCGCUGAUGAUAUGUUGCAUAACGCAGCAUGUGAAGAACACAGUGGAGGUGUCGACGUCUGCAAGCUCUGGUGAUGCUCUUUUAACUUUGCUCUCGUUUCGGUACUAGCGGCCCAAGGACUUUUACCAGAAGAGCCACCCAUUCCUUUCGUCCUUCAGUUGCGUGCUGGAUUAACGGGCCCUCAGGAAUCUCUCCAGAUUGCAGGCAAAGGAGAACGCUGCUGUGAUUGUGAUGCCAACCCUGUAACCUCCCUCGCGUAUUACAGACCGCGGCACGAUAUAUAGGACGAUGAAUUUUGGCUUCCAGCCGCAGUAGCCAGGAGCUGGAGCAGCAUAGCUACGAGUGUCCUCAAAACUUGGUCCACUGGAGAAGAAUCUUUCCAUAGAACUCUGCUGUCAGCGCCACCAAAGAUAUGUUGUUUUCGGUCUUAUAGGAUGCUGCUGCUGCUGCUGCUGCUGCUGUUUGUCUCUAGAGUCACAAGCCUUGCCAAUGCCGGUAGCAUGGUUGUCUCCAACAAAUUCUCCUGCUGGCUGCUGAUCUCACUCCUCCUCCUCCAGCUCGCUAGUCUCACAACUCCGAGUCCUUUCCCCCGGGGAAGAAAGGAUGACCCUCGUCGCCACGACAAUCAAAGCCUGGCAAGGGUGAUUGCCACAGCACCGGGAUCCAAGCCUCCGAGUUGUCUCAACAAGUGCGACUCUUGCACUCCAUGCCAGGCAGUUCAAGCGGUACAAGAAGCUCCGGACACUGUUAUAACGGGUAUAGGCUCCAGGCCACCGAGCUGCCAGAAUAAGUGCAACCGAUGCCUCCCUUGCCAAGCAGUCCAGGUUCCCACCCCCGAUCCCAAGGAUGAGGAGGCCAAGCGAGUUUCUCCGGCGAAAGAUGAACGUGAGGCGGCUGCUCUUUACUCCAAUUACAAGCCCAAAGGAUGGAGGUGCCAAUGCGGAAACAAGCUCUUCAAUCCGUAGAUAGCAGUAGUGUUCCUGUUUGCGUUUGUGGCAUGUCAGUUCUAGCAUAGAGUGUAAGAUCGAGAAUGUCUGUUUGUUUUACCGAGAAAAGUAGACUUUUUUCCGAGAGUGCUCGGCCUCUUACUGUGACGAUAGCUGAGCGAA